AAUAAUCUGUACUCGUAUUAGACUUAUAUUGUUGGUAGAUUAAUUCGUAGCCAAACUUGCCCUUGCUUCAUCCGUCUCUGAAGUAUUGUGCCGUUACGAGAACUAAGCUACGAAUUAUUGUGCGCAACAGCAGAGCAAUAGGAAAAAUACAUGGAGUAUAUUUUGUUUCGAGAGUCGCUAAAACUAGUGAAAUCAAUGUAUUGAGACUUGGUCAGUAUGCGAAGUAGGUGUAAGAACAUUACGAUUGCGAGAUUCAUGUAAACUAACGAGGUCACUUCAACAGCUAACUUCACGUUGUUGACACGUUUUUGGGUAUUCGGUGAGCUUUGCUCGAUAUAAAACAUCGGUUCAAGCGAUAAGGAGUUAUUCGAAUACACAGUCACGGGCUUCUGGACUUUGGUGAUGGAGGAAAAGAAAGAAACUUCUGUCCCGCAGGAAGAAGGUAGAGACGAAAAUGUGACGGAGGAGGAUGAUGAAGAAAUAUAUUCGGAUAUUGAAGAUGAGGGUGAACCCGACACAACCUGGCUAGGAUUCUUUUACUUUUGCAAUAUUGAACGGCACAAAAUCAGUUCAGAGCAUCCGCAAUGGGAGAGGAAUGAUAUCAUGAAAGAAUUGACAAAAAUGUGGAACAAUUUUGACACCGAAACGCGAUCUAGGUACAAAGAAAUGGCAGUAAAUGAACAGUCUACUUUCCUCGGCAAUCAGCACGAACGGCUAUUGUGAGAAUUACAGAACAAUAAUUGAUGGCAGUCAAGUUUUGCAGACACAAAAACAAAAAUUCUGAAACAAUAACGAAGAAAAUCAUACAUUUUUCACUGAUAAA